UACAGACCCCGUUCAUCAUCGAGGCAUCGUCGGAAUACAUAAUCGAUUUAAUAUUUAAAACAUUGACAAUAGGAAUCACAGUCUGCACCAUAGGCCUUGUCAUCUCUAUCAACAGUCUACUCAUUGAUUUUGCGUCCACAACAUAUAGGAAGCAUAUUCCCCCUCGAAUAUGGGAAUCCGAUCACGGGAAAAUGCAAAGCGAGGCAAUAAAGGGACACACUGAAAUGCUUGAAAGACAUAGAUUCAAAUCAAUUCCAGGUGAAUCAAUCUUAGCCAAGGAACUUUUUGAUCUGAUAAACGCCACGAUGAAUCCAGAAAAUUGUACAUCAGCGAAGUACCUACUUUGUGAAUGGACCAGGGGUGCUCCUUGGGGUCUUGGCAGUAUGAUCCAUCUAAUAUUAGCAUGUUUACCAGCAGCUGUUGCAACGCACAGGGUGCUUCGCCUAAAUUCAGCAACAUUCCGACCAGAGUCAUGGGAAACAUAUCUCCUACCCCCGAGUGAUACAUGUGCCAAUCAUCCCUUGACAGACAUCCAGGACUGGAGCACAAUAGAAACUCCAGAAAAAAGUUUGGUGAAUACUUUAAGAAUAACACUGCCAGAUAAAGGCCCGAAAAAAUCACUACAUCUAUUCACUGCAUUUUCUGUACCGCCAAGAUUUGCAGGUAUAUCAAAGAAGCAUCGCAUCCCGGAACUUUGGAUGGUUGGACAAUAUGUACGAUAUCUUAUUCAACCAACAAAGAAACUAAGGCAGUUCAUAUCCAAUGUAGUGUCAAAGAUAGGAUUCCGAACUCCUGUCGUAGGUUUGCAUAUAAGAAGAGGGGAUAAAGUUCGAGAAGUUAAGCCAACACCUCUGAACAAAUAUUUUGAUGAAAUAAACCAAUACUUUCUGACGAGAAAUUAUGACACAAAACUAGUAUUUUUAGCAACAGAUGAUAAAAAUGUCUUCAAUGAUUGUCGAGAUAAAUAUAAACAAUAUACAUUCAUUCAGUUGGAAUCUGAUAAGACCAAGCGCACCAACACCAUGGUAACUUUAACAGAUAUUAUAUUAUUGGCAGAAACUGAUUAUUUUGUCGGAACAUUUUCUUCAAAUGUGGGUCUUUUGGUCCAUGAACUACGACAGCAACGUUACAAAGAUGGGAGCUGUAUGAGCAAGUCAACAGAUGUAACUGCUUAUCAUUUCAUGACUUGUUGUAAUAUUGGUGCUAUGAAGGUAACGAGACCGCCAAAUUGCACAAUUGAGAUCAUAAACAAACAGAAUCAAAUAACAUCACCUAUAUUGUAAAAUGCACAAUCAGAAAUGAGACGGCAUAUUUAGAGUUUAAAAAAAUGUAAAUAAAGCUCUCUUGUAAAGAGGCUUGACACACUGACGAAUGUUUCCACCGGUUUUCUUCAAUUAAGGAAAGCAACUUUGAGACAAAACUAUUUGAGUCUUAAAAGCGCCAUAUUCAUGAUCCUAUCAAAUUCCUCUUCAGUUCCUGUCAAGAGAUGAGAGCAACUUGGGUGUUCUCCAGCAUUGUUCACUAGAACAUCAAUUCUGCCG